GCACAGAGCACCACCACGGCACCACCCCCACCGGCACCGGUUACGUCGUCUCUUUCCGUUUCAAAAAUCAACCCCCCCCCCCCCCCCCUUCCCCCAAACCCCUUUCCAAACUCAUUCUCUCUUUCUCCCAUCCCUCUUUCUCCCCAUCUGCCGCUGCGAAUCCGGAGCGGUGGAGCGCCGGGUCGGCGGCGUGAUCCUCCGCCCCCUCCCGCUUCGUCGGGUCGCGAAUCCAGUUCGCCCCGAACCUCUCCUCGUCUCCGUCCGCCCCGGCUUUUCCCAAUCUCCUUCUCGCUAAGCAAACCCUUAACCCACCCCAUCGAAUCAAAGGUUAGCCAGCCAAGCCAAGAAAAGCUCACUCCCCCACUUUGCACUAGGAGUAGUAGAGCGGAGGCCGGCGCCGAGCAGCGACCAAGGUUCCUUGUUUCCUCGGACUAGGUUUCAGUAGACUUGUUGGACUGGUUGUGGUGGUUGGUGACUGCGGAAGAGCCUGGGAAGGUCCUGUGUUCUCGCGGAUUUCUUCUCCGUUAUUGGCAAGUCCGUCCUGCUCCCGUGCUACGGCGGCGGUGGUGGAGGUGAGGAGAAGGCAGCCAAGAUUGCUCGGGGGCGCGGGGGAAGCAGCCGCCGGUCUCCGGCCUUGGAGCGGCCGCCCUGGUCCGUCUAUGGAAGUUGCCUCACCGGCUCCAUGCCACGGCCUGGAAGCAAAUUGCGCAACGAGGCGCGGCUUGCCUGCCCUUCCGACGCUUCUGCGGGCUCUGUUGCCCGCCGUGACGGUGGUUCUUGCUCUGGACCGGGGGAUUGCGGAGGGCUUGCUGCGAUCAUGGUGAUGGGUCGGCGCCGGUGUGCUCACUGGAUGGUGCCGCUCUUCUGUUGCCUCCUCCUCGCGUUCCCCUCACAUGGUCCUCGAGCCGUUGAAGCAUUUGUCGGGGCAUAUGGGAUAAACUACGGGAGAAUAGCGAACAACAUCCCAUCUCCGGACAAGGUAGUGGCACUCCUGAGGAGUUCCAAGAUAAGGAAUGUUAAGAUAUAUGAUGCAGAUCACAGUGUGCUUGACACAUUCAAAGGGACAGGGCUAAACCUGGUCAUUGCCGUCAACAACGGAUUGUUGAAGGAUUUUGCUGCAAACGAGAGCUCUGCGAUUGACUGGCUGAAAGACAAUGUGCAGCCUUAUCUUCCUCAGACCCGCAUUGUUGGAAUCACUGUGGGGAAUGAGGUGCUGGGAGGGGAUCCGAGCUUGGCCGAACCCCUCAUUGGAGCGGUUAAAAAUGUGUACAAUGGUCUCAAGAAACUGCAUUUGGAAGACAAAAUCGAGCUUUUCUCACCUCAUUCGGAAGCUGUUUUUGCUAAUUCCUAUCCACCCUCUGCAUGUGUUUUCAACGACAAUGUCAUGGUGUAUAUGAAACAGUUGCUGGACUUUUUUUCGCGGAUAGGUUCACCUUUCUAUGUCAAUGCAUAUCCCUUUUUGGCUUACAUAAGUGAUCCAGAGCACAUUGACAUAAACUAUGCUCUCUUUCAGCCCAACCCUGGAAUACUUGAUCCAAAUACUAGUCUGCACUAUGACAACAUGUUUGAUGCUCAGGUAGAUGCAGCUUAUGCUGCUCUGAAGGCCGCUGGUUAUAAUGACAUGGAAGUCCGGGUAGCAGAAACUGGCUGGGCUUCUAGUGGAGAUCAAAAUGAAGUAGGGGCUUCAGUUGAGAAUGCAAGGACUUACAAUUUUAACCUCCGUAAGAGGCUCUUUCUGAGGAAGGGAACUCCUCUCAAGCCAAAGAUACCGGUCAAAGCAUACAUCUUUGCGUUAUUUAAUGAGAACUCGAAGCCUGGACCAAGUUCUGAGAAGCACUAUGGGCUGUUCAAUGCGGAUGGAAGGAUUUCAUACGAUAUUGGUUACUCAGGUCUAUUACCUUCAUCUGCACCCUCAUCCUUGUUGUCGAUGAAGAUGAUUAUUGGGUUAUAUUGAAGUGAGGACUUUGCUUCAGUACUGUGCUUCCUCAAUAUUUAUAAACUGAAAAGCGGAUUGGUGGUGGAGAUCAAAAGUUCAAAAUUCACCAACUGUAACUCAAAAUAGAAAUGACACGGAUUGAGCGAAAAUGCGAGCUGGGGACUGGAUUGUACACUGUUUGGCCGCAGUUUUCUAUUUCUUCUUUUAGCCUUAGUGACUUGAUUAUAGAAUAGCACAACUUUAAGAGUACAAUCAAGAUCAAGAGUUAGAACGCUUGUAUUGGGAAAUUCACAAUGGAAAUUCAAAUAAUAGUUCCCUGCACACCUUUUUGAGUUCUUGCGUUGCUUGUUAGUUUCUUUUCAUUAUCUCUUUCACUCAUUUACAACUGUACACUUUCUUUUGUGAAAACAAACCCUAUCCCGAAUUUUCACUGCAUUA